AUGGACGCCAAAGAAGACCCUCAAUUAGUAUCGGCUGAAACUCCGUCGUCCGAGAAAGUCGCAACUUCUCUGGAUGCUGUUCCUGUCGAUGUUCCUCCGUUAGACAGUCCUCAGCCCAAAGGCCGCUGGGAGCGUAGCUGGCCUACUAUCGCCUGCGGUGCGGGUCUUUUCUCCGAUGGUUACCUCAAUGGGGUAAUCGGUCAAGUCAACACCAUACUCAGCCAGCUCUACCCGGUCACAUACAACAACUCACCGGCCAGCCAAAAUGUUGCCUCAAUCACCUUCGCGGGUACUGUCCUCGGACAGCUGGUCUUUGGCUAUACUAGCGAUCACUGGUCGCGCAAAUGGUCGCUAAUGAUCUCGACCAUCAUCCUCAUCGUGUUCAGCGCUUUGUGUGCUGGUGCGUACGGUCUCCACGGCAGUCAAUAUGGUCUUUUUGCCGCCCUCACUGCGUAUCGCUUUUUCCUAGGUCUGGGUAUCGGUGGAGAAUAUCCGGCCGGCAGCGUUGCUGCGGCCGAGAAUACGGGUGAACUCAAGAAGGGCCAUCGAAACCGCUGGUUUAUCAUGUUCACCAACUUCCAAAUCGAUUUUGCUUAUGUCGUCUCGGCUCUUGUCCCAAUGAUCUUGGUCCUGAUUUUUACCGAACAUCAUCUUCGUGCCGUGUGGCGCAUUGCGCUGGGACUCGGCGUUAUUCCACCUCUCAGCUUGUUCUAUCUGCGGUUGAAGCUAGAGGAGCCGGAAGAGUACAACCGAGAGCGCAUGCAUAAAUUCCCCAUCUGGUUGAUUAUCAAGUUCUAUUGGAAGCGUCUGGUAAGGUUUUCCGGUGGUCCUAUCAUCAUACCUGCAGGAUUAACCGACAUGCAGACGGUGGUCUCGCUCAUCUGGUUCAUUUACGAUUUCUCGGCAUAUUCGUUCAACAUCUACUCGUCCAAGUGGCUAUCCAUCAUUCUGGGUGACAAUGCUCCGCUUUGGAAGUCCUUUGGUUGGACUACUGUGACAAACGCGUUCUACAUUCCGGGCUCCUUCCUGGGUGCUCUGGCCAGUGACUGGAUAGGUCCUCGCAAUACUUUGGCCCUCGGUGUAGGACUCCAGGGGAUCGUCGGUUUCAUCAUGUCCGGCUGCUAUGAAUAUCUUGCAACACCGAAGAACGUCGCUGCCUUUGUUGUCGUGUUCGGAAUCUUUUCCGCUUUGGGUGAGUUCGGCCCCGGUGACAAUAUCGGCCUCUGUGCGGCCAAGUCCAGUGCAACUGCCAUUCGAGGUCAGUACUACGGUAUUGCUGCAGCAAUGGGCAAGAUCGGCGCUUUUGUCGGUACCUAUGUGAUUCCCAUUGUCCAGAACAACGCUCCCAACAAGGUUCGCGCUGGGCAAGACCCCUUCUUCGUUUCAAGCUCCCUCUGCAUCUUUAGCGCAGCGUUGGCGUAUUUCCUUUUGCCCAAGAUUGGACAGGAUACGAUUACGGAGGAGGAUGCGAAGUUCCGCGCGUACCUCGAAGCCAACGGUUACGACACCUCUACUAUGGGUAACCCGGAGUCUGAGUAG